AUGGAUCUUGCGCAAGAGCUCGUCGCUCACGAUCUCUUCGUAGCACUUGCUGCAGCGGGAGCGUUUGUCGGCCUUCCAGCGCUGGUAAACCCGUCGUCUACCUUCAAAUACACGACCAAGACUGUGUCGCAGCAUGUUCAUACGCCUGUUGUAAUCACUGUGACGGCAACCACUACCCACGCUCCGGUCACUUCGACAUCAGUAUCUACGACGACGACCACAGAGAGUCUUACCGAUACGAUCACAAGCUUCAUCACAGAAACUUUAGAAUGGCAUCCUACUCUAUCGGUGACAUCUGACAGCUUUGUUUCACCAACACCCGUUUUUGUAGAGUCGGAAGAUGUCAUUGACGCACCAACUGUUCUCCUGACUUCGUUUUCUGGUCUGGAUCGGAUUCAUCUCUCGUUUCUCGCCUCUAUCGUGUCUCUCAUCGGACUUCUGUGCACUCUAUUGCACAGGCAUGGUAUUCAUGCGAAUCCACUGACUAGUGUGAACGAGGAUUCACCCAAGUGGCGUGGUCAUAUCGAAGGACGACAAGAUGCCGACAAAAGGGCAGCCACGGCAGAGCUGGAGAAGAAAGAAGUGGCACAAGCCUUGCAGAGAGAACGACUAGAGAAAACCGAACUACAGCGACAGCUCGGCUAUGCGUGUACUGCGAUCCAACGACUUGUUGGAUGCGAUCCUGAUGCAAUCACUGGAGUCAAGGACAACAAAACGUUGGCCACACUGCUCGACACUAAGGAGAAAACUCGAAAAGACCAAGAGCAGUGCGAUUCUCUGAGGGAGCAGGAGAAGCGCGAACACCUCGAGAAACUAAUUUCAGAGCACACGGAGAAGAUUACGAAGCUCGAAAGUGACCUUGCGUUGGCGCGGGACGGCAGCGCAUACUACAUCGCGGCCAUGGCCAAAGACAAAGAGAUUGAUGAGCUUGACAAGAAAUCCAAGGAACGCGAGCUAAGGAUAGAACAUCUUGAGCUUCAGUCCAGAUCUCGUGACGAGAACCAUUUGCAGGAUGUAGUCACCAGUCUUCGCGAUCAGCUUGCGUCACUCAAGGCUGCGAUUGCCGAACACGAAUGUCCGAUUGAUACGUCAGCUGCUUUGUCCGAGGCCAACGCGCAGCUUACAACGCAGCUUGGGGAAGCCAGGGAACAGAAGAAGGAGCUAGAAUGGCGACUACGAGAGCAGCAGAGCACCACUCUCAACGACUCGAACAGUACUUCUGACGAACACGAACGACUUCGCAACGAGUUGAAGCAAGCAAAACAGACAGUCUACGGACUACGAAGGACUAUCGCGGAGAAAGACCAGGUUGCUGCAGAGAAGGAAGAACACUACAAGGACCUCAUGGCAAAGGCUGAGAAGACGUUCGAGGACAUGAAUUCGGCACAUGCGAAGAUGGUGGACGGCAAGAACAAGGAGAUCUUGGGCCUUGAGGCCAACAAUACCACAAUGGCUCAAGGUAUUGUCGAGCUAAAGGCCACUGUAGCCUUCCAGACCCAAGAAGUCUCAAAACUCGAGUUGGAGAAAACACAGACCAUCCAAGCAUUCCAACAGAAUGCUGAUCGGGCAUUCAACGACCACAAGCGUAAUUGGGAAACCGAACGUGUCGCUCUGAUGCAAGAUCUCAGCAAAUCGAAGCAAGAGCAAAGGGCUCGAGACGGAGAUCUCGACUCAGACCUGCAGAAGGCCGCCGAGGAAGCAAGGCAAUGGAGAGAGUACGGGGACCAGCAACGAUUGGCCAAGAAUGAGGCUUUGGACGCAAAAGACGGGGAGAUCAACAAACUCAAAUCUACCGUCAGAACCUCAGACACGCGAAUCAAAGCCGCAAUUGUCUAUAUGGAUCGAGUGCUUUCGCAAACUGAUGAAAGUACGCUUUUCGACGAGUAUGGUUCGAUCGUGGAGCAACUCACUGGCCAGUAUUCCGAGCCUGAUGACGCUCCGCAGCAAGUUCCGGACGCUGCGGCGGCUGCAGCCGCUGCAGCCGACAAGAAAGAGCUCGAGAAGUUGAGGGCAAAGCUUGCAGACUUGGAGCCGGCCAUGAAGGAGAUGAGCAAGAAUGCUGACAUUGAUCUGGAGGAUAUCAAGAGACUGAACGAGGAGAUUGCGAACCUUGCGGCGCUUCGCAACUUCAGCUCGGAUAUAAAAGGCUUUUUGACGAGCGUGGAGAUGCUGCUUGAGCAGGUUGAGGAAAUGUUGCAGAACAAGAGCGCGGGCGAGGUGAAAUACAACGUCAACUUGUUGGUUGAAAAUAUUGGCACGGCGCUGAAGAAGAUUAAGGGGUUCCAGGCGGCAGAGGUAUAG